AUGGCUGAGGCUAGCUUCAACAUACAGGGUGUUCAAAACUUGACCACAUUGACAACAGAGGUGACAACAACAGCAGUAGUAAGUGCGUCAGUAGGUCUGUAUGUCAGCCUUGUAGUUCGUGACUUUUUCUUGACUUUCAACAUGUUGGUCUGUGGAAACAUCAUUGGAGUUUUGGGCAUCUGCGGAAACAUCAUCAACAUCAUCGUCUUUAACAAGCAGGGCUAUGAGGACAGCGUCAAUAUAACUUUAACUGCUCUGGCUGUCAGUGAUAUCGGGGCGUUGAUAACUCUAAUAAUAUUUAACGUUAUGAUAAAUCCUGUGUUCGAAAAAGCGAAUUUACCAAUGAUUCCGGUUGAUGUCGCUUCAAUGGCGGGGUUUUACCCUCACAAUUAUUUCAUCCGUGUGUGUGGGUUGAUCACAGCCUUCGCGUCGUGUGAGAGAUGUCUGUGUGUUUUGGUGCCCCUUAAAGUCAAACAAAUUGUCACCAAAAAAGUUUCUGUUUUAGUCAACGUGCUUAUAUUUAUCAUCAUGCUAUUGGAUCUGUUUCCUGUGUAUUACGUAGUUUAUCUAGAUUGGAUGUUUGUUCCAGGGCUGAAUAAAACAGUCGUUGCAGCUUCGUUUCGUAAAAACCUCCAUGCUGUUUUUGGUAUUUCUUAUAUAGUGACGGAUCUUUUUGCUCCAUAUUUUACAUUUUUCGUGAUAAUUUUUAGUAACAUCACCAUUGGCCUAAAACUUAAUUUAAGAUCUAAAUGGAUACAAUCAGUAUCUCAAAAACCUUCUAACAAAGAGAAGUUCGUGUCUAACAAAGAGAAAAAAGUUGUCCUGAUGUUGACUGUUGUCUCUGUCAUUUUCAUCGUCUGCCUCAUUCCUCAGUCAGCAAUCCUAACUGCUGUCAGUCAGUUAUCAGAACUGGCUGUCCGUGGUGUUUAUUUUGACGUGGCGUUAGUCUGUUACAGCAUCUCCUAUCUGAUGGAGGCCGUGUGUUCUAGCGUCAACAUUCUGGUCUACUACAAGAUGAGCAGCAGAUAUAGAAAUACAAUACAUGGCAUGUGUAUAAUAAACGAUUCUCAUUAA